CUUGCCUUAGAUGCAGCUUUUGUUAGCUUUUGUCGAAAAGGAACAGAAGGUCCACGAGGUGUUCGAGCAGGUGGCCAACUCUUACGACAUGAUGAACGAUGCCAUGUCAAUGGGCAUACAUCGCUUGUGGAAGGACAUCUUCGUGGAGCGGCUGGGCCCGACGCAUGGCAUGCGAUUGCUGGACAUGGCCGGUGGCACCGGCGACAUCACAUUUCGCUAUCUCAAGUAUCUGGCCAAUCAGGCGAAUCCCCAGCAGCGACCCAGCCAUGUGACCAUCUCAGACAUCAACCAGCACAUGCUCGAUGUUGGCAGGGAGCGGGCCCGCCCUCUCGGCCUGACCGAAGAGCAGUUGCCGAACACAAAGAUUGCAUGGCAGUGCGCCGAUGCCGAGCGGCUUCCCUUUGAGGAGGCAAGCUUCAAUGCCUACACGAUUGCCUUUGGCAUACGGAAAUGCACGCAUGUGGAUAAGGUGCUGAGCGAGGCGUAUCGGGUGCUGCAGCCUGGCGGACGAUUUAUGUGCCUGGAGUUCAGCCAUCUGACCAACGAUACGAUGCAGUGGCUGUACGACCAGUACUCGUUCCAGGUGAUACCGCCCAUGGGCCAGCUGCUGGUCGGACAGUGGCAGGCCUACCAGUAUCUAGUGGAGAGCAUUCGACGCUUCUCCAAGCAGGAGCCCUUCAAGCAGAUGAUCGAGCAGGCCGACUUCGACAUGGUGUCCAACGAGAACCUAACCUUUGGCAUUGUCAGCAUACACUCCGGCUUCAAGCUGUGAUUACGUAUGGAUGGGAUCUAGUAGUAGUUUUAGAAACGAAACCCUUUGUUGGUAUUUUAGCUGUUGAGUUUUUCUGUUUCCAUGCCGAUCACGUACUCCCGCGACGCUGCUGUGUGUAUCCCGUCAUCACCAUCACCGUCAAGCAUCGCAUUGAACGAGUUGAUUUUUUUUAUUUUUCUACCGUG